AUGUACACACAGACACAUGUACGUACAUACACACAAACACACACACAUGUACAUGCACACACACAUACAUGUAUAUACACACACACAUGUACAGAUACACACAUGUACAUACACACAGACACACCCCCCCCUAUAAAAAGUUGCAGUACUUCGUUGUUCACUCACAGAGCCGAGUAAUGCACUCUAAGGGGAGGCAGAGAGCACAGCACGCACUCCUUGCUUUGCUUUCACUCACCUAUUAAGCAGUCUGACGGCUCCCAGUGCCAAUGACAGAUCCGGCCUGAGCUCUGAGCCUGCUCAACAAGACGGCCCUGGGGGACACACUCGCCCCCACCAUAAUUUCCACUCGCCAUUGGCGAGCAGGUGAGUGGAAAUUUCAAGCUCUGGUUUAGG